AGACUCCACUGCAAGUCCUGUGAAACGAGCCUAAUGGUGAAAAUUGAAUGCCUUUUGGAACGUCGACGCGGUCGACCUUCUCUUUUGUUAAAAACACUCCUUAUCGGAAAGGCAAGAUGGUUAAACCUGGAGAGAAGAAAGGCAAAAGUGCCAUCAAUGAGGUGGUGACACGCGAAUACACAGUGAACCUCCACAAACGUUUGCAUGGCAUCGGUUUCAAGUACCGAGCACCAAGAGCGAUUAAGGAGAUUCGCAAAUUUGCCGAAAAACAAAUGGGUACUCCAGAUGUGCGAAUUGAUACCCGUCUAAACAAACAACUUUGGUCCAAAGGAAUCAGAAAUGUACCUUUCCGUGUUCGCGUGAGGCUCAGCAGAAGGAGGAACGACGACGAGGAUUCAGUAAACAAAUUAUACACCCUCGUCACAUACAUCCCCGUCGGUACAUUUAAGGGUCUCCAAACAGAAAAUGUAGACGCGAGCCAAGAUUAAUUUAUAAUUAAUAAAAAUUCCUUUGAUCAUUA